AUGUCGUCUCCGUCCAAACACCGUUUCAAGAAACAGACGUGGUACAAACGUCUCAUGUAUAAAAGGCUGCCGGUGACAAAAUGGCUGCCCAAUUAUAAUUCUGAAAAGGCUGUUGCUGACUUCAUCGCCGGUAUCACAGUCGGUCUCACUGUUAUACCACAAGCGUUAGCGUAUGCUACACUCGCAGGUCUUCCGCCUCAGUAUGGCCUUUACUCGUCUUUCAUGGGUUGCUUCGUCUAUACAAUUUUCGGGUCUUGCAAGGAUAUUACUUUAGGCCCGACAGCACUACUAGCUCUAAUGACAUACGAACAGAUCCAAGGAAGGAAUUUCGACUACGCAAUAUUGCUCUGUUUCCUCACAGGCGUCGUUCAACUGGUUAUGGGAAUAUUGCAUUUAGGAGUGUUAAUUGACUUCAUUUCCGUUCCGGUGACUGUGGGAUUCACCUCAGCGACGUCAGUUAUUAUAGCUGUAUCGCAAUUGAAAGGACUUCUUGGUCUUCAAUUCAAAUCCCAAGGAUUUAUCGACACCAUCAAACAAGUUAUUAUAAACAUACCUAACGCAAGAGCUGCAGACACAGCGUUGGGUGUAUCGUGUAUUAUUGUGCUUCUUCUAAUGCGGAAAAUGAAAGAUCUUAACCUACUAGCAAACCGAAAAGGAUUAAAGAAAGCCCUGUGGCUAAUAUCAACGUCUAGAAAUGCCGUAAUCGUUUUACUUUGCUCUUUAUUGGCAUUCUUUUUAGACCGACAUUCGGAAUCGCCGUUUAAACUCACCGGAACUGUCAAAGAAGGUCUCCCAACGUGGAGCUUGCCGCCGUUCAAUACGGAAUACGGGGGGCGGAAUAUUACAUUCAUAGACAUGUGCUCGGAUCUGGGCUCCUCGAUUGUUCUAGUCCCGAUUAUUGGGGUAUUGGGCAACGUGGCGAUCGCUAAAGCUUUUGCCAGUGGUGAAUCUGUGGACGCUACACAGGAACUCUUAACACUUUCGUUGGCUAAUAUAUUUGGUUCAUUUGUUAGCGCGAUGCCAAUCACUGGUUCAUUUUCCCGUAGCGCAGUGAACCAUGCGAGUGGAGUGGCCACCCAGCUUGGGAGUAUUUACACGGGUAUUUUGGUGCUACUAGCGUUAAGUCUACUAACGCCAUACUUCUUUUAUAUACCGAAAGCUUCUCUUGCCGCUGUUGUCAUUUGUGCCGUUAUAUUUAUGAUCGAAUACGAGGUGGUAAAACCGAUGUGGCGUUCGAGACGCGCAGAUCUUGUUCCGGCCUUUGCGACCUUUGCCGUUUGCUUAGUGGUGGGCGUGGAAAUAGGCAUUGUAGCUGGAAUUGUACUUAAUGUCUUACUUCUACUGUACCCCAGUGCAAGACCUCAGUUGGAUGCAGAGAUCAUGACAGCACCAUCUGGCUUCAAUUACUUGCUGGUGACAGUGGGGAACAGCCUGUACUUCCCGAGCGUUGAGUACAUCAGGCAAUACGUCACACGCGUUGCUAAAAAGCAAGGAGACUGCAGUAUGCCGGUGGUCAUUGACUGCAGAUAUGUGCUAGGAGCAGAUUUCACCGCGGCGAAAGGUCUUUGCGCGCUUUCAAAUUCGCUGUCCUCCAGGGGCCAGCCUUUGGUCUUACUCUCGCCAAGGGCCAACGUGGCUUCCGUUUUCAGUGGUGCGGGAUCCAGCGUUGUUGUCGCAUUAACUCCAAACGAAUUAGAUGCAACGUUGCAAGAUCUCACCGGUCAGAUACCCUUGCCUAUUAUAGACAGAAAUAAGGAAAACAACAUGACGCCACCACCGACGUACACUUCAUUACAGAACCUAGACGAUAAUGCUAUAGAGGUUGUCAUAAGCGAAGACCAGAAUAAUGUACCAUUACUAAGAAACACGAACGUGAACGAGUCUCUGAGGAAAACGAAUGACGAAAUAAAUGACACGUGA